AAUCAUAAAAAUAUAUAUACUCACAUCAACUAGCGAAGCAGAAUUGCAGAAGUAAUUAAGGAGAUUCUUUUACCUCUCAUCAUGAAUGGUUUACCUUCGCAUCUUCUCGACGAGAUACUCUUCAAAGUGGAACCCAAAUCACUGGCAACGAUGCGAUGCACGAAUAAAUAUUUCCAAUCUUGUAUAUCUGAUCCCAAAUUCGAAAAAUACUCUGUCUGGACCAGAUCAAGCUUGUUUCACCUUUCCUGCUUUGGCGCCACUUACAUCUUUUGCUUGCCUUUGGCCUCUUCAAGAGAUUCUAUGUCACUAGGGAAUGAGGCAAAACUGUCUAGAGAGCCAUGUUACCUUUUUAGCUCCUGCUCCGGCCUUCUCCUACUAUAUAUCGGUGGCCUCUUUGUCGUGAAUCCCCUCACAAAGAGGUUUCGACUAUUGGAUCACUCCGGCUCAAAGUUUAUGCCUGAUCGUAACGUUGCUGAUAUGGAAAGAGCGAUGUGCGUCGGUUUCACCGUAAAUAGAAAUCGUUCCACUAAGAGAUUCAAGAUUGUCUGCAUACACGAGAUGGAAACGGUGUACGCAUUCGAAAUCAGCGACGGAUACUCUUGGAGAUUAUCGGAAACGACCAUCACCACUAGCUCAAAAAGUGAUCUCAUGGUGCAUAUGAAGCCUGUUUAUUUAGACGACACUCUUCAUUGGUUGAGAAACGAUGGGAGCAUCAUAGCAUUCAAUCCUGAUACAGAGCAAGCUAGCUUGAUUCCUUGUAUAUUUCAUCGAGAACCAAAGAUGAAACUGUUGUUCGCAGCUGACGAUAAGAUAAAUCGCCUGACCUUAGUAUCGGGGACAAAAGAAGAAAUUUCAGUUUACACACUAGUCGAGAAUUCGAAAUGGACCCUCCCCAAGCGGAUCAAGAACGUAUAUAUGAAGGAAAAUGAGCUUGUAUGCUGGAACAUUGUUGUGUACGACAGCAAACAUCUGGUGUUGAGGGAGCAGAAGCAUAAAUUAAUAGGUGUUGUUCAUGUUUACGACAUGGAAGUUAAUAGUUGGGGAGUUUUAGGGUCAACCACAACUUGGGCAAGUAACGUCCGAGGCUUCUAUAAAUUCACACCCUCCUUGUUCUUUGUCGAGGAGGAUGAGCAGCAGAAGGUGAUUGUAGCUUCUAAUGACAAACGCGUUUCCUAUCUAACUGCGAUUAUGAGACUCAUCGAUACAACCAUGUAAACUAUCUCAUGUAUAAAC